UUUUGGAUGUUGAUCAUCAAGUACAGGUCGGUGUUUACUCUGAUAUCUUAUCAGGUUGUGAUUGGCCGCACUCGUCCCACUAGAUAAGAGACAACUUCGGCCCAAUAUUGUACGUAAUGAAGCUACGUAAUCUGCUGCUACGCAUACUGAUUGGUGCCGUCUGUCUGCUGGUGUUCAAUGAGUUUAUCGUCUACUAUCUUGUGCUGUUGAACUGUCAAUGGCCUACGAAACCCUUACCGGUGAAUGGGCUCGAACCGGUGAAAGUUAUGCUAAUUGCUGACACACAUCUAUUAGGUCCAAUUCAUGGCCAUUGGUUUGAUAAACUGCGGCGCGAAUGGCAAAUGCACCGAGCUUUCCAGUCAGCAAUGACUUUGUUUCGACCAGAAGCGAUUUUCAUCCUAGGUGAUAUCUUCGACGAGGGGAACUGGGUCAAUCAAAAAGAGUUUGAAUCGUACGUUGACCGAUUCCGAAAAUUAUUCCACACACCCAUGGGGACUCAGUUGCACAGUAUUGUUGGUAAUCACGACAUCGGUUUCCACUACUCGACGCAUCCCUAUUUGGUGCGCCGUUUCGAGAAAACCUUCAACCAUACCGGCGUAACCUUAGUCAGCAUCCGUGGGGUAAACUUUGUCACUAUCAACUCAAUUGCCAUGGAGGGUGACGGAUGUCAGCUGUGCGAAACCGCGGAACAAGAGCUACGGGCCGUGUCGACCGUUUUCAAGUGUGGUCGUGGGAUCGGUCAAUGCAAAAACGUUCCCAAACUGGCGGAGUACAGUCGGCCAGUAGUGCUACAACACUUUCCAACGUACCGUGACUCGGACAAGGAUUGCAAGGAGCACGAUUCCCCGGAAAUUGAACUGUAUCGCGAACGAUGGGAGGUGAUUUCAAAGGAAUCUACUGAUUUGAUAGGUGAACUGUUGAGCCCACGGUUAGUGUUCAGUGGACACUCGCAUCAUUAUUGUCAUGUGGCGAAAAAUCGCUUGGGAAUUGAGGAAUAUACUUUACCCUCGUUCAGCUGGCGGAACAAGGAUAAUCCUAGUUUCAUACUGGCACAAAUCUCGCUGUCGGAUUACACCAUUUCCCGCUGCCACAUGCCAGUGGAAAGCACAAUCAUCAAAGUCUAUUUGGUGGGAGCGAUCGUACUGGUGCUGAGUUCGAUUUUGCGUUUGGGAAGUUUUCUGGCUCAGCUCAAAAUAUUUUCUCGGGGUCGACGUGAGUACAAAAAGCUCGUGAAAUAAACAACUUAAUCAUCGCGUCGAAUCAGGAAAAAACGAACAGAAUUUGGUUAGUACUUGUAGAGUGGAAAGUGUCUCGAAUAGAGUAGUUUAGGUGUGAAUGCUAAUGUUAGAUAUAUGUUGGAAUCUCUUUAUUUUGUAUGUGAUUCGUAUUACAUAGGAUAACAGUUUUAUUGAACAACACUCGAAUUAUGAUAUCGAAUAUGUACUAAGUGUGCAAAAAUAUAAAGUCUAAGUAAAUAAAUAUA